UAAGCACAGUUUUGCAGGUGACAGUGCCCUUUGCAUGGCUCUGCAAGUGCCGGGAUCGAAGUUGUCCCGGUCGGGGCCGGGGCUCCUGAAGCCAGCGGCUAGCACAAAGCCGUUGCUUACACUGUCUGACCAUGAUUGCCUCAAGACACCUACUAUGAGUGACAUGUUGAAGACACCCACCAUCUUAGGAUCUCCGACAAAGUCUGCGCCAUUGUCCAUAGAUGGAACACCUCGCAUUCAUCAUUUUAACGGUUUCACACCUCAGAACAACCAAGCUUUUUUCGGGGAUCAUGAGCCUCUCCUCACAGGGAACAUCGAAAUACAAUCCAUUUCGCAAACAACAACUGGACCAAGUCUUUCGAAUGGGGCAGCAUCAUCGUCUCAAAAUGGUGAAGCACCAAAAAAUGAGAAGACUACCAUACAGUUCAAGGGAUCCAUCACAACAAGUUUACCAGUGAACCUUUCAUCAGGUGUCAGUUCACCAGGAUUGUCAGCGUCAAUGUUCCAAUUCUCUCCUAUGGUUGAACAUUUCCUGCAAUCUCUGUCAAAGGGUGGAAGCGGACUUCCGGAACUGACCGUAGUGGACGCAAAAACACCCGGAGCCAAUAGUGAAGCACCAGAUCUGCUUAAAGUUGUUCGUAUACCAACCGAAAUGAAGAAAGAAGACAAAGAGCUGACUCAAAUUGAGCCGGUGCAACGGAAUGGCGUCGCUGCCGGUAUAAAACCGCUCCAACCGCCGCCGGUUCCUGUCAAAUUCCAACAGCUCGAUGUCGCUUCCACUGCUCAUACUGCUCCGGCGCACCCUCCUCCUGUCUCCCAACCGCCUCCUACGUCUUUUCCGGAAGGACAGUUUAAUGGUGAAGCAAAUGGUGAAGAGCGAUAUCCAAGUGAGGGCAAAGAUUUUGGUUUUGAACCCAAGGUCGAACCAGUUGACGAUUAUCCUUACGGGUUUGGCGAUCACAUGCGGUAUGAUCCUGCAAAUGGCGAAUUCAAUGUUUUCGAGUAUCAGUCCACUUCGGGUGACGUCAAGAUGGAAGGUGAUGCGAUGCGUAAAUAUUCUCAACGAAAUGUGAAAAUUCCCAUCCAUGAACGACCAUACAAAUGUCCGCGAGACGAUUGUGAUCGGCGGUUUUCUCGAAGCGAUGAGCUAACUCGACACAUACGAAUCCAUACCGGGCAAAAACCAUUCCAGUGUCGAAUUUGUUUGCGAGCGUUUUCGAGAUCGGAUCAUUUGACAACUCAUGUUCGGACGCAUACGGGUGAAAAGCCAUUUUCAUGUGACGUUUGUGGACGUAAAUUUGCACGGAGUGAUGAGCGUAAAAGACAUACUAAGGUCCAUGCUAAGUCAAAAUCGCGUCGACCGAGUUUCUCAUCCGGGUUUUGUGGACCUGCCUCAGGUGACUCAAGUCAGAGUUCCGUAUAGUGUGUUGUUAAUGAGAUGGAUAUGAGAAGCACGACAUUGUGGGACCCGUUUCUCUGGUGGAAAAUAGGGCAGUACGAAUAGAUACGAUGUAGAUCGUCCUUCCAUCAUGUCGAUCAUCUACUGAAAACAAGAUCAAGAAGUUCCCUACUGCUUCAAAUGUCGUUAGAGCGCACAUUUUUCGUUAACCUGAGCUUCUGUCACUUCCCGAGGAUGUCUACUUCGUUGGGCGGUGACCGCCAUAAAGCUUUUGCGCUCGAAUUCUCAUAGUCAUCAUGUCGGUUUUGAAUCGGCAGUUCUAUUCAGGUUUAGUAAUCACCCAGCACAGGUAAAAUUAUGUUUGAUGUGUUCAGUGCAAGUUGUUCGCUUGACGUUUUUUCACAUUUUAAUCCAACUCAACAAAAUGCUCCACGUGAUUUUAUUCUACAACUCUUUUUCUUUAUCGUUGAUAUACAGAUUUUCUAAACAUAGCUAUUAUUGUUACAUGUUCUAUCUAACAUAUCCUCGUGAUUCAUUAUGAAGGUGAGAAAAUCCCCAUGUAUGCGAGUUAAAUUUCUCAGUGUUUCUGUACUCAUGUCAUUGUGUUCACAUUAUCUCGAAAAUGUUUAUAUGCUGUAAUGAGAGGUUUUAAUCACGAUGCUUUAUCGAAAAGCCUUAGAAAAUUUUUAUGAAGAUCUUGUACAUGUCCCAACUAUCGUCUGGACGUUGAUGUUUUUUAAGAGUUUUAUAGUGUUAGUUAUACCGGUAGAAAAUUUUAGAUCAUUGGUCAUUAUCAAUUGUUUUCAUUCUAGUCAAGUUGUACUGCUUACGAUAUAACAGGCAUACUGCCGCCAUGUUUGAUGUUCUGUACACUCAAAGUAAAGUGAGAUAAAUGUUCUC